AUGCAUUUUUCGAGAACUUUCAGCGUUUUAGCUCUUGCCUCGACUGUCCUGGCAGGCCAAUGCUACAACCAUGCUGAGGGCGCCCACAAAGUAAAGUGCGUUCACAAAGACGAGUUGUCAAAAUUUGCCGACGACUACUGUCAUGAGAACUGGAACAAGCUUGUUGGAGACUGGAUCGACUAUAACGAUCGAAGCGGAAACACCGCCAACAUUGGCAAGGUUGCUAAUUUCGAUUCCAAACAAGCCUGUAUUGUUGCCUUUUCUCAAGUUGUGGAAAGUUGCUACAAUGGCUGGGAUGGCGGUCAGUGGGUCGCUGAUGGAACUUUGUUGAACAUCAACUUCUGCAAGUGGUCGGCGGAGCCUAAGAGAGUUCGAUAUGAUGCAUUGAACGCUAGACCUGAGGCUCCAAGAGUUAGAUAUCAAGGACCAAGAGAAGCUAAGAGAGUUGCAUGGGAUGGACUCAGAGGCGAUCAUGAACAUACAGCCAAGAGAGUUGGAUACCAGGGACUGAGACUUCAAUCUAAUGAUUUGUAG